GCCGGCUCCGCAGCUUGCGCCCGCCGGCCGGUCCGGCGCCGGGCCAUGGCGCUGUUGCGGGAUGUGUCACUGCAGGAUCCGCGGGACCGCUUCGAGCUGCUGCAGCGUGUGGGAGCCGGGACCUAUGGCGACGUUUACAAGGCCCGCGACACCGUCACCUCCGAACUGGCUGCGGUGAAGAUCGUCAAGCUAGACCCAGGGGACGACAUCAGCUCUCUUCAGCAGGAAAUCACCAUCCUUCGUGAAUGCCGACACCCCAAUGUUGUGGCCUACAUUGGCAGCUACCUCAGGAAUGACCGCUUGUGGAUCUGUAUGGAGUUCUGUGGAGGGGGUUCGCUGCAGGAGAUUUACCAUGCUACCGGGCCUCUAGAAGAGAGGCAGAUUGCCUAUGUUUGCCGGGAGGCACUGAAGGGGCUCCACCACCUGCACUCUCAGGGGAAAAUUCACCGAGACAUCAAGGGUGCCAACCUUCUGCUCACUCUGCAGGGUGAUGUCAAGCUGGCGGACUUUGGGGUAUCAGGUGAGCUGACAGCGUCUGUGGCCAAGAGGCGGUCUUUCAUUGGCACUCCAUACUGGAUGGCACCAGAGGUUGCUGCUGUGGAACGCAAGGGUGGCUACAAUGAACUAUGUGACGUCUGGGCCCUGGGCAUCACCGCCAUUGAGCUGGGCGAACUGCAGCCGCCGUUGUUCCACCUGCACCCCAUGAGGGCCUUGAUGCUCAUGUCGAAGAGCAGCUUCCAACCACCCAAGCUGAGAGACAAGACGCGCUGGACCCAGAAUUUCCACCACUUCCUAAAGCUGGCCCUAACCAAGAACCCCAAGAAGAGACCCACAGCUGAGAAGCUUCUGCAGCACCCGUUCACAACCCAGCAGCUCCCUCGGGCCCUUCUCACCCAGCUCCUCGACAAGGCCAGCGACCCCCACCUGGGAACCCUCUCCUCCGAGGACUGUGAGCUAGAGACUCACGAUAUGUUCCCAGACACCAUCCAUUCCCGGGGCCAUCAUGGUCCAGCAGAGAGGACCCCCUCUGAGAUCCAGUUUCACCAAGUGAAAUUUGGCGCUCCUCGCCGGAAGGAGACAGAUCCUCUCAAUGAACCGUGGGAGGAGGAGUGGACGCUGCUGGGAAAAGAGGAACUGAGUGGGAGCCUGCUGCAGUCAGUCCAGGAGGCCCUGGAAGAAAGGAGCCUGACUAUCCGGCCAACCGUAGAACUCCAGGAGCUGGACUCCCCAGAUGAUGCCAUGGGAACCAUCAAACGGGCCCCGUUUUUGGGGCUGCCCCACACUGAGCCAACACCUGAUGACAAUGCCCAGUCCUGCUCCCCAGGAAUGCUGUCAGCACCUCCACCUGGCCCUGGCAGCCCCCCAAUGAUGCCCACUGCCUGGGCUACCCUGAAACAGCGGGAGGAUCCUGAGAGAUCAUCCUGUCAUGGCCUUCCUCCCACCCCCAAGGUGCAUAUGGGUGCCUGCUUCUCCAAGGUCUUCAAUGGCUGCCCCUUGCAGAUCCAUGCUGCUGUCACUUGGGUUCACCCUGUGACUCGAGACCAGUUCCUGGUGGUCGGGGCAGAGGAAGGCAUCUACACCCUCAACCUGCAUGAGCUGCAUGAGGACACACUGGAGAAGCUCAUCUCCCAGCGCUGCUCCUGGCUCUACUGUGUGAACAAUGUGUUGCUUUCACUCUCAGGAAAAUCCACGCACAUCUGGGCGCAUGACCUCCCAGGCCUGUUCGAGCAGCGGAGACUGCAGCACCAGGCCCCCCUCUCCAUCCCAACCAACCGCAUCACUCAGCGCAUCAUCCCCAGGCGCUUUGCCCUGUCCACUAAGAUUCCUGACACCAAAGGCUGCCUGCAGUGUCGUGUGGUUCGUAACCCCUAUACGGGCAGUACCUUCCUGCUGGCCGCCCUGCCUGCCAGCCUGCUUCUGCUGCAGUGGUACGAGCCGCUGCAGAAAUUCCUGCUGCUGAAGAAUUUUUCCAGUCCCCUGCCCAGCCCGGCAGGGAUGCUGGAGCCGCUGGUGCUGGAUGGGAAGGAGCUGCCACAGGUGUGUGUGGGUGCCGAGGGGCCUGAGGGACCCGGCUGCCGAGUCCUGUUCCAUGUCUUGCCUCUGGAGGCUGGCCUGACUCCAGACAUCCUCAUCCCUCCUGAGGGAAUCCCAGGCUCUGCCCAACAGGUGAUCCAGGUGGACAGGGACACAGUCCUGGUCAGCUUUGAACGCUGUGUGAGGAUCGUUAACCUGCAGGGUGAGCCCACGGCUGCACUGGCCCCUGAGCUUACCUUCGACUUCCCUAUUGAGACUGUGGUGUGCCUGCAGGACAGCGUGCUGGCUUUCUGGAGCCAUGGUAUGCAGGGCCGAAGCCUUGAUACCAAUGAGGUGACUCAGGAGAUUACGGAUGAGACCAGGAUCUUCCGAGUGCUGGGGGCCCACAGGGACAUCAUCCUGGAAAGCAUUCCCACUGACAACCCCAGGGCACACAGCAACCUCUACAUCCUCACGGGUCAUCAGAGCAGCUACUGAGCUGUCUCCCCGAUGGUGCCCAGGCCUCAGUCACCACCUCCAGCCUCUGCUGGGGUUCCAGAGGACAGACCUAAUUCUGAGAAGUGUUUGGGGGCAGGGAGGGGAGGUAGCCCACCCCCCUCAGCAAUAACUGGACCAGAGGAAGCUGCGACCACCUACCCUCCCUGGAGUGUUGUCCCCCAGUACAGGAGGCCCUGGGCGGGAUGGGGCUGCCCAGCUGGUCCAUUCCAUUUUCUUACUCCCUUUCCAUUUCUUUCUGCCAAGAGCCUGUCCCAGGUUCUAUCCUGGGCAACAUGUAUUUAAGAGAAUUAUAUUGGUAUUAAAGCUGGUUGGUUUUAUCCCACUAGUCCCUCUGAGAUGGAGGAGUUGAGACCUCACCUUCUGCUGCUCCUCCUCUUUUUCUUGCAGGACACCUUUCUGAAAGAGAUUGGUUGGUCUCAGGUGUGCACCAUGGAAAGGUCCACUGGUGUUCUGUGGAGUCUAGGUUCAAGUGACACAGCCAGUGGUCCGACAGCCAUCUUGGGCCUGUAUCUUCCUGGUCCCUGUCUGAGCAGCCUUCACUCAAUUUUGUAGAUUGAGACCUCUGCUGUAAUCUGGCGUCUUAUGGAUGUAUGCAGGGGAACUCUGAGAAAACAGACCUGUCCAGGGCAGCCUUGCCCCAAACAGGAUCUAGCUUGUGGUCUGUGGGAGGAUGCUGGAAGCUCGCCAGGGAAUGUCCAUGGCCAUUCUGGGAUCUGCACUCUGGCCCUGUCUACUGCAGUGUGCAUGACAAGCUUGGAGCAGUACAGUGAUGACAUCAGCUUAGCCUGAGAAGAUGGGUGGGUGUGGGUUCCUUUAGCGUCCAGUCACUCCAUCCCAGGCUUGGGGUCACUACCAAGAUACAGCUCAACACCCAGGAAACUUGUUGGCACCCAUCUCCUCUGUGGCUUAUGCUUUGCAUUGCCCUCUUGCAAAGGGUUCAGAGACCCCAGGCCAAGUGUCCCCUCCCCUAUGGCCCCAGACACUUCAGUGGCUGACCAGGGUCACAGGAGGAGCAUGGGGCACACAGAUGAGGCCUGGCCUGGGAGGGUUAAGCGGGUAUAUGGAGCGAAGGUCCCGAUUUCAGUGCUCUGUUCCCGUUCAUUGUCACCCUCCUGACAUUUAGAAAAAGUGUUGGCAGAAGGUCUUGUGCCUGGUAUGCUGGCUGCAAGUACUUGCCGGCUCAGUGAAGCGGUGGGCGGGUGAGGGUGGGUAGGUGACAGCUCAUGUGAACAGAAUUGUGGCCCCUGUGGUUGUUACUGUCCCCUUGACUACCCUCUUCUAAAUCCCUGAUUGCUUGUUUUCUAGUGAUCAAGAAGUUUGUUUGGUUGAAAUGGGGAGCCAGACCCCAAGUCGUCUGGGGGCCAGGGUAGAUAGAGCUACAGAGUAAAUACCUAGUUUUCUUGGCAACAUGCUGGCGGUGGGGGUGAGAGGUGUGCUCUGCCAGACCAUAACACUUGACCGCUGGGCUGGUGCACUGCAGGAACUGGCCCUCAGACUUCAGAGCAGAGGGCUGCAAGCAGUGCCACCUUGUGGUCGGAGUCCAUCUGAAAAGGAGGUUUAGGGGUGCAGUAUGCCUGGUCAAAGAGAAGACCUACUAAUAGUGUUUGCUGC